GAGUUUAGACAGAUGGAACUUUCGCACAUGCGCAGUAGCGAGUAUGGUUUGUUUGGAGAGGAGAGAGUUUCAACCACCACGUUAAGAAUUGAUAUAGAUAGUCUGUAUGGAGGUAAAUAUAUUAGAUAUCUACUCUCAGUGAGAAAACAACUACUAAUCCACCUCUGAGGGCAAUCGACUGUUUCAAUUAAAUGUCAGGACCUUAAGAAAUCACUGAAGAUGCCGCUCUUUGGAAACACAUUCAGCCCGAAGAAGAUUCCUCCCCGCAAAUCUGCAUCUCUGUCCAGCCUCCACACGUUGGAUCGGUCAACUAGAGAAAUAGAAUUGGGCCUUGAGUAUGGACCUCCUGUGAUGAACCUUGGAGGUCAGAGUUGGAAAUUUGAAGAGGGGCAGUGGAUAUCAGAAUCUGGUGGAAAUGGGUCUGGAAGGGAAUUGCAGCGGCUUAAGAAAAGAAAUGUACAGCUGGAAGAAGAGAACAACCUCCUGAAACUUAAAAUUGAAAUUCUUUUGGACAUGCUGACCGAGACUACUGUGGAGUACCACCUGAUAGAGAAAGAAGUGGAAGAUAUAAAGACUCAACAUCGAAGGAAGAAAUGACAAAUCUGAUCUGAUCCCUUCAUAAUAGGAAAUGUUCUUCAUUCUCAGAGAGCUUGAAGUUUGUUGAUAGAAAAAAUGAGCUGUUACUUUGUUUUUCGUUUUUUAUUUCUACGUACAGAAUUAACUGCCCAUAUUGUUUGAAUUAUGAGGACUCUUAUGCUGUAUUUUAUCGAAAAAGCAGGUACUCCUUUGUUGGAUUUCGUGUCUACUUUUAUUUGUUCUGUUCUGCAUCUGUAACUGUAAAUCUGAAACAACUGUAAACAUCUAUGUUCAAGACACAGCAUAACUUCUACAUCGGUAUGGCAAGUACUUGCCUACAUUUUCUUUUUAAAAUGUUUUGUAUUUAUUGUUUUUUCUAUUCAGAUUAAAAGUGAAAUCCAUCACAGAGAGUAUGCGGUUAUUGUCAUUCACAGUUUAUUUUUA